AUGGCGGCAAAAAACUCUGAACCCUCUGAUACUCCCACGUUCCUUAAGGAAGUUGAAUUAACCCAAGAAAACAAGGACCUCAUUGCCAACUUACCUAGCGAUACAUUUUGGAAACCGCUUACCAUCCAUCAAUAUGAUGGUUUCUGGCACACCACAAAACAGUUGCAAGGAAUCCUCAAUAGCCAAAAUCACUUCAAAGCUUAUGACUCUGACAUUCUUGUCACCUCACCAAAAUCUGGCACCACUUGGCUCAAAGCCCUAACCUAUGCGAUUAUCAAUCGCAUGAUCCGUUACCCAAAUCCAAAUAUUGAAAAGAACCAAUCUUACCCUCACCCUCUCUUCACUGCUAAACCUCAUGAUCUUGUACCCUUUUAG